AACUAGAUAGAACAUUUAUGUAGACCACUAUUUAUGCCUGACUACUUAUUUACGAAUUAUUCUGUCGCGCCAUUCACUCCAGUCUGGUUCCCUCUUCCGGCCGUCGGCUUAUAUAUUCCGCAUCGCAGGUACUCGUUAACUCGAGAAAGUUCCUGUACAUCACAUAGCGGCCAAUCCAGAACCUACGGGUCAACUUCGCACCUGGCCUCGAUUCCGAAGGAGAGUCCCCCUGUUCCUAGUUACAAUUGGACCCGAAAAGGUAGCAGUCUCCCUAGAGGUGCAUUUUUAGCAAGUUCUAACCGUGUUCUUGUGAUUCCAAACGUCCAAGUAGAGGACGAAGGUGUAUAUGUUUGUCGCGCUUACAACAGAAGAGCAAGCAUUGAGAAUAGCGUCAUACUGAAUAUUCAAGCAGAGCCGACGUUUACGAUACCGCUCACUGAUAAGCAUAUCGACAGUAAAGGAGAUCUAGUGUGGACUUGUGAGGCGUUUGGAGUUCCUGAUGUCAAUUACACUUGGUGGAGAAACGGAAGGCAACUAGAAGACUUUUGUACCGCCUUGCCUUUUUACGUAUGCUAUCGUUCCGUUGUAUGA